GACAGGGUCACGGUGUACACGGCAAGGAAAAUGGCGCGGGUGACUUUGGCCAUAUCUUCCCUGAGAUGGCUUAUGUUGAUCGCGCUGUUGCUAGAUUCAGACCUGUCUCAUCGCACGGUGGCCAAGGGUUUCCUGCUAAGCGAAGGUCCAGACCCAAAAGACCCCGAAGAAGCAGGGAAAUUUGAGGGUGACAUUGACAUCAGUAGUGACGGUCUGAAGCGUAACGUAAUUUUGUCUGCAAGUAAAUGGAAGAAUGGAACUGUGUUUUAUGAGAUUGACCAGAAAUAUGUGUCAUGGCAGAGUAAGGCUAUCACUAGUGCAUUGCGCGAGUUUGAGCGUCUCGUGAAUAAAAAGGGUCCCUGUAUUCAUUUUCUUCCCAGAUUCCAAGAGAAGGAUUACGUUUUUAUCAGUCCUGUGAAACCAAGCUGUUAUUCUAAGCUGGGCCGUGACGGUGGUAAACAAGUUACAUCCCUAGGGAUUCCAUGCCUGUAUCUUCCAGGGAAAGUCAUGCAUGAGAUGAUGCACGUGCUGGGGUUCCUACACGAACAGAGCCGUACUGACAGAGAUGGCAUGGUAAAGAUUGCCUGGGAAAAUAUCGAGGACGGGCACGCAAUGAAUUUUGACAAAUACAACCCCCAGACAGCAGACGGACUGAACCUUCCAUAUGACUUCGGCAGCGUGAUGCAUUACAGCGAGAAAGCGUUUUCAAAGAAUGGCCGCGACACUAUCAUCCCUCGUGUUAAAGGUGUGAUGAUCGGACAAAGAAUCACACUGAGCGAGCUUGAUGUUAAGAAAGUGCGACAUUACUACAACUGUGAUAAAAGUCAUGACCUUCAGCUGAAAUAAAUUCAGCUUAUCCUUUUCUGAA